GAUUCGGUCAAGCCCUCAAUUAGCGGCCGUCGAGAUCAGAAUCGCCGACCGCAGGCAGGAGAUCAAGAACCCAUUUUGAACCCUGGGAAUCGAUCGCCGGGAUCGCUUGGGUGUUUUGGGGGAAGGAGGAGGAGGGGAUGGCGAGCUGGAGAAGAAGCUUAGGGAACCUGAGGACGUUCGUAGGGAACGCAACAGGAGGCCUCCGAGGGGGAGCCAACCUCGCCUCGUGGGUCGUGGCGGGCACCUUGGCGUACUUCCUGUGGGUCAAGCCGGCUCAAGAUCUCAAGAGGGAGCAGGAGGAGAGAGCUGCUGCAGCUGCAGCCUCAGAUCCUUACCGCUAUGUCGAGAAACGAAAACCCAUUCCUGAUCCUCAGGAAACUGGUUUGAUAUAUGGGAAGAGAAAGGAAACCAAGAGCUCUGGGAACUGAUUCAUCCGAAAACACCGAUAUCUAGUCACGGAAUCUUCUGCACUUUGACAUCAAUGAAUCUUAUUUCAGGCAACUUCUUGCUUAGCUUAAAGCUAAAAACUUUUUUUUGUUGGAAGUGCCAUAAACUGUUGCACUGAUACCUCCAUAGACAUUCAUGACUGUGUAUGUUGUUGUAUAGAUAAAUAAAGAGCAAUCCUUUUGGUUUUUCUGCC